AUGAAUGUCCCUGGUAUCUCUGCUAACACCGUGAUCUUUCUCCUGCAACAGCUCCAAUGCUCAAUAUUCUCCACGACCUUCAACCCAAAUCGGCAGCGGCUGGGGAACAAAGUCCUGCGCCAGAGAUUAAAGGGCCCGGCCCUCGCCGCAUAUUAUCCCAGAAGAUCAGCCACGGUAGAAGACGUGCUGGCGGAAUUCAAGAAAUUCGAUCUCGACGGAUUCAACGAGGACGAAGAGAUACGAUUGGAAAGCAUCCAGAUUGCCAAACUAAGAGGCAAAGGGGCUCCCAAGAAGAAGAGAACGGCCUCGGGUACGUAUUAUGCAUACGAUGACAUUCGGCUCUACCUAGUACCUCAUGUCACGCACAAGUCACUGACAUUUAUACCUCCAGACACUCGGAAGAAAGGCAAGAGGUAG